AGGAAUUUCCGGUUACGUCAGCGUGUCAGGACUCCAUUAGGGGGUUGCAGCUGUUUUGAGGGAAACAACAACAAAAACGGAGAGACUGACGGGAGUACGACAGAGUCAGUGCUUUCUCAGCCAGGUAGCGAGGUCUUAAUCCUGGGAGCUAGAACCUCCUUUCCCACCCGGGGCUUCGCCGGCUUCUAACCACGGCCGCUCUCGGUGAGGAAACUCUGGCCUCCGCUUCCUCCUCCUCCGACUCGGACACCGGCGGAGCGUCGCCGCCCCCGCGGAAGAAACACCGAGCCUCGGCGGCGGAGGGAGCAGGAGAGCCCGGGGCUUUAGCAGUUGCGACAGGCCUUUCUGGAGUUGCUUUUGGACUUGAUACUACUUCUCCACAUCACCAAACCACCUCUGCUAUUCACUUUAACCGAACUCUUGUUCACAAUCUCAGCGGCAAUAACAUGCAGUCAAACGGGGCAGGACAGGGACAGGAUUCGGAGCUUUCUUGCCUGAACAGCGCACAAAACGGGGAGUCAUCCUCGGCUGGGGGAACGCACUCCAACGGGCUUCUGGCCAGCACAAACAUUGGGAAUAGUGUCGGUACCAAUAAUGGAGCCGGACCGGGCUCCGGGACCUCCGCUGCCUCCACAGCCUCAGGUUCGGGCUUGGAGGUCGGCUCCAUGAAAAAGAAGAAACGUCUUUCGCAGGCCGAUGAAGAUGUCAUCCGAUUAAUAGGGCAACAUCUCCACGGGUUAGGGCUAAAUCAAACAGUGGACCUGCUGAUGCAGGAGUCAGGCUGCAGACUGGAACAUACUUCAGCUACUAAGUUCCGCAACCACGUAAUGGAGGGAGAAUGGGACAAGGCUGAGAAUGAUCUCAACGAGCUGAGAGCACUGAUGCAUUCUCCCAACGCUAUUGUGCGUAUGAAGUUUCUGCUUCUGCAGCAGAAGUACUUGGAGUACCUGGAGGACGGUAAGGUUCUGGAGGCGCUGCAGGUGCUGAGGGGGGAGCUGACGCCGCUCAAGUACAACACGGACCGCAUCCACGUGCUCAGCGGGUAUCUGAUGUGUAGCCAUGCAGAGGACCUCCGGGCCAAGGCAGAGUGGGAGGGCAAAGGCACAAACUCCCGCUGCCGACUCCUGGACAAGUUACAGACGUACCUGCCCCCGUCGGUGAUGCUGCCCCCCCGCCGGCUGCAGACCCUGCUGAGACAGGCUGUGGAGCUCCAGAGGGACCGCUGCCUCUACCACAACACCAAACUGGACAGCAGCCUGGACUCGGUGUCCCUGCUCCUGGACCACGUCUGCAGCCGGUCAGCAACGCACUCAGGGAAGCAGUUUCCGUGCUACACGCAGCAGAUCCUCACAGAGCACUGUAACGAGGUGUGGUUCUGUAAGUUCUCCAACGACGGCACCAAGCUGGCCACCGGCUCCAAAGACACUACGGUCAUCAUCUGGCAGGUGGAUCCUGAGAGCCACCAGCUGAAGCUGCUCCGGACCCUGGAGGGCCACGCCUACGGGGUUUCCUACCUGGCCUGGAGCCCCGACGAUGCCUACCUGAUCGCCUGUGGACCCGACGACUGCUCCGAGCUCUGGCUCUGGAAUAUCCAGACAGGAGAGCUGCGGACCAAGAUGAGCCAGUCCCACGAGGACAGCCUGACCAGCGUGGCCUGGAACCCCGAUGGGAAACGCUUUGUCACCGGGGGACAGAGGGGGCAGUUCUACCAGUGUGACCUGGACGGGAACCUGUUGGACUCGUGGGAAGGGGUGCGUGUGCAAUGCCUCUGGUGUCUGGGGGACGGCAGGACAGUGCUGGCAUCAGACACACACCAGCGGAUCCGGGGUUACAACUUUGAAGACUUAACAGACAGAAACAUAGUUCAGGAGGACCAUCCUAUCAUGUCGUUCACUGUAUCCAAGAAUGGAAGAUUAGCUUUGUUAAAUGUAGCAACUCAGGGAGUUCAUCUUUGGGACCUGCAGGACCGAGUCUUGGUGAGGAAGUACCAGGGUGUGACCCAGGGCUUCUACACCAUCCACUCCUGCUUCGGAGGCCACAAUGAAGACUUCAUCGCUAGCGGCAGCGAAGACCACAAGGUAUAUAUCUGGCACCGGCGCAGCGAGCUGCCAAUCGCCGAGCUCACAGGGCACACUCGCACAGUCAACUGUGUCAGCUGGAACCCUGCCAUCCCCGGCCUCAUGGCCUCCGCUUCAGACGAUGGCACUGUGCGUGUCUGGGGCCCCGCCCCCUUCCUCGACACACAGGAGGCGGACGGAGUCAACGAGAACUGCAGUAACAUGGACAGUUGAUGGUGACUUGGGAAUGGAAGACUUAUUUUUUACAACAACAAAAAAAAAAAAA